AUGACAAAUGAUAAAGUUAAACGUAAACCACCAAAUAUUAGAGAGCCACCGAAAAAAAAAAAAACUCAAUACGCCAUCCCAUUUUGGCAGUACUAUUUAUUUCAAUACAGCUUACAAGAUAUUCAGGGAUAUACAGAUAUACAAGUAUAUACAGGGACUACAGAAACUAAUAAUUUCCAUAGUUAUUGUGUUACUGAUGCGAAAAGCAGUGCUCGGUGCAGGAUGUUUCAAGAAGAUAAUCAUUUACUUUUACGAAAAAAGCAAGAUGAUUGUUUUAGUUUAUAUAACCAACUUGAUGUGGCAAAUAAAACAAUAACAAAUCUUAAUGAAGAAAUUAUUGGUUUAAAGGAUAAAAUUAAAAAGUCGCAAAGAUUAUCUUACUCUGAAAUAAGUGAAAAUAAUACGUUAUUGAAAAAUAUGACGGUUAUACAAACAGGUUUAAUGUAUGAUUGGUUAUAUAAGCGCUGUCAACAUAAAGUUCCAUUUCUGAUAAACUAUUGUGGCUCCAUUUCAAAAAGCGGUCCAAGCAACAAAUCAAGCAACAUGAAAAUGUUUGGUGCAUUACAACAAAUGAACGGUAAAGACCUUAUGCUUUUGACUUUAAUGAAGAUUCGAAUGGGCUGUAGCCAUGAAGACUUGGCUUCUCGUUUCGGUCUUUCAAAAGCUACUAUUUCUCGCACCUUAAGUACCUGGAUUCCUUUUUUAGCACUCGAAUUUAAAAUUUUUAUGCAGCCAGUUACUCGGGAGCAAAAUAAAACUUGUUAUCCAGAAUGUUUUAGGUCUUUUGGAGAUAAUGUGGUGUCGAUAUUAGACUGCACAGAAGGUCAAUGUGAGCGACCAAGUAUUGCUAAAGCACAAGCCCAAGCAUAUUCGAGUUACAAAAAUUGA